UGUGGCUGCGAAUUCGAAUGUCGUUGGCGGACAAUGGCAGAACGAUUUGGGUUGUCGGCUGGAUGUUGACACUGUUGAUUUGCCUGCAGCUGAACGGGGCGGCGCUGGCGGACGAGGAGUCGCAGGAUUUUCAAAAGAACAUACCCGCCCGAUUGGUAUGGGCCGCCCUGGGCAAGACGGUGGAGCUGCCCUGCGACCUGACACCACCCACGCCCCAGGACUCGGUGAAGCUGCUGCUUUGGUUCAAGGACACCACCGGCAUACCAUUGUACAGCCUGGACUCGCGUAGCGGAAAUGUGAAAUUGGCCCCACAUGCGGCCAUAGCUAGCGAUCUGGGGCAGCGUCUUUUCUUCAGCAUCGGCGAUAAUCCCAAGGAUUCCCGCCUGCAGAUAAACGACGUUAAGCCCGAGGAUGGCGGCGUCUACCGCUGUCGCAUUGAUUUCUUCAACUCGCCGACGCGCAACUUCAGGCACAACCUGACCCUAGUGUUGCCGCCCGAGGAGCCGCGCAUCUUCGAUGCUCAGGGCAAGGAGAUAUCACAGCUGGCGGGGCCGUUCCGCGAGGGCUACGAGCUCUUUCUCUGCUGCCAAGUGAGGGGAGGUCGUCCUCCGCCCAAGGUCACCUGGUGGCGCGACGACACCGAGCUAAUCGGCACCAGCCACACAUCCGUGGAGGAGGGCGCCACCGUGAUGGUUAAUCAGCUGCUGAUUGGCACCACCACCCGCGACUUUUACGGCGCACGCAUCGAGUGCCGGGCUCAAGGCACCCGCCUGGUCGAUCCCGUCCGGAAGGAUGUCACCGUGCAGGUUCACCUGAAACCCGUUCGCGUGAAGAUCGUCACACCGAAUGAUCUGCUGACCGCCGGCCAUCCCGUGCCCAUUCGCUGCGAGUCCUGGGGCUCGUAUCCGGCGGCCAAGAUUGCCUGGCUGCUGGACGGCGAGUCCAUACGCAAUGCCGACGUUACUGUGCACAGCGACAAGGAGGAUGGCAACAUCACGACCAGCAUUCUGACGCUGAAGGUGACGUCGGAGAACGACAAUGCCGAGCUGACGUGUCGCGCCACGAAUCCUUGGUUCUCCGGUGGCGCCAUCGAGGACAAGCGUAUCAUACGUGUGGCAUAUCCACCCACCGUGUCGGUGCACUUGGCCAACGAGGAUCCCAGUCGUGUGGUGACGCGCUCCGAGGGCCAGAAUGUCACGUUCAAAUGCCGUGCGGAUGCCAGGCCUCCGGUUACCAGCUACUCCUGGUUCAAGAAUGGCAUGCGUAUGUCGGGCGAGAGCACGGACAUAAUGCACUUGACGCAGCUGGAGCGGGAGAGUGCGGGUGCAUAUGCGUGCGGGGCCACCAACACGGAGGGCGAGACGCGCAGCUCAAGUCUCACGCUGAGAUUGCAGUUCUCCCCGCGCUGUAAGCCCGGCACUGAGCAAACAUCCAUUGGAGCCAUCAACAUGCACUCGAUACAGGUCAAAUGCGAGGUGGAUGCCGAUCCACCGGAUUCGGUUCGAUUCAGCUGGACCUACAACAACACCCGCAACGUGUCCCCGGUGCUCAACUCGAGGAUACAAUCGAAUGGACUGGCCAGCACGGUGACGUAUCUGCCGCAAACCGACUCCGAGUUAAUAACGCUUGCCUGCUGGGCCAGCAAUGCGGUGGGCCGCCAGACGACGCCCUGUCUGGUGCACAUUCUCCCUGCAAAUACUCCGGAGGCACCCAAAGCCUGCGAACUGCGCAACGACACCAUCCUGGAGGUGGUCUGUGUGGCUGGCAGCGAUGGCGGCCUCUCGCAAUACUUCAUGCUCGAAGUUGUGGGCGGAGAUCUGCUGUACUCCAGCGACUCGGCGUCGCAGGGCCCCAGCCAGGGCCGUGGACAAUUUGGCGAGGCCGUUGGCCUGGGCGACAAUGAGAUAUCCACGCUGAACGAUCAGGCGACAUCUGCACCCAUCUUUCGCAUGCAGGAGAACAGUCCACAGUUUCGUUUGAAUAAUUUAGAGCCGGGACGUGAAUAUCAAUUUUUAGUUUAUGCCGUCAACGCCAAAGGAAAAAGCGAACCGCCGGUGGUGAUUGAGCGCGUACGCGUGGCCGCACAACUGGGACCAUAUGAUGAAUCCAGCGACCCCAGGGAGGACCCCACGCCCGCUGAAACCACGCAUCAUGGUGGCACUGGUCCGGGGGGCAGCAGCAGUGCCGGAGGCGUGGGCACCGGCGCCAGCAUAGGCAACGGGCCGGAGAAGCAGUCCACGCUCCUGAUACUCGCCGCCACCGUUGUGAUAGGCGCCGUCAUUGUGACGUCAAUUAUCGUGGCCGGCAUCGUCGUCGUCUGCCGGCACAGGCCGCGGCCACCUGAGCCGCAGGAGGUGCGCAAGAGCAUGCGGCCGGCGCGGAACGAUGUGCCCAGCAUGUACAUCGAGGAGGACGAGCUGAAUGAGCUGGAGGAAGGCGGCGGUCGAGCGGCUGAGAUCCGAGCGCGCGUCACACCCGUUACCUCGCACAUGUGCGGCGGCGGUGUUGGCGGCGGCGGCGGCGGCGGCGGAGGAAUACCAGGCGUCGGCUCGAGUGGCGGUGGCAUUGUGGGCGUGGCCGGACCACAUCACUACAUCUCGGAGAGCUUCAUCCAAUACGCGCAGCCCAGUCUAAACGGCGAUGUGCUACUACCUUUGCUUGUAACGUCCAGCCAGCCGGGCAGCAGCGGCUACCGCCUCGCCUCACCCGUCUCUACCGUGACCGUGCCCCAGUCCCAGCUUCAGCAAGUUGCUACAGCAGCUAUUGCUACUACUGUUGCUGGGAUGGGCAGUGGGAGGGACUCUGCCUGGCCGCCCAAAUGUAUGCAAAGUAAAUUUUAUGUAACUAAAUCUGUGCAGCAGGCUGAAAGGCAACAGCCCCCACUCAAACAGAAACUUGCCCAGACACAGAACCCGAACCAGACCCAGGAACAGAAACAGAAACAGAAACAGGAACAGAAACAGCACCAGAAACAGAAACAAGUGCAGUUGCCACUGCAACUUCAGGCCCGAACACAGAUGGGCUGCCAUGUCUAAGCCAAGCUGCUGUCCGCUUGGAGCAUUCGCUGUCGACAAGAGCUGGAGCUGAAUCCCAAAAAUAUAUUUAAUGAACCAUUCCAGAGACCAUGGCAUAGCAUUUUUGCUUCAUUUCACAUUUUAAUUUGUCGUCCAUUUAU